AAUGUUGAUAAAAUUGCAAAUUGAAAGUCGUCUUGUUUUUAAUAACCAUACCUGAUGCCAGCAACCAACGACACAGUAAGAACUAUAGAAAUUGUAUCAGCACAUUGGAUGUCACUCUGAGACAAGAUUAGCUUGGGGUCAGAUUAGAAUCAACUGCACUUCCUAAUUCAUAGAAAGGGAAAAAGAAAUAAAGAGUUAUUUCAAAUUCUCAAUGAAUGUGUAAUUUUGACGCAGUUCUUACAAUUCAAAUAAAAUAUUUAGGUUUUUAAAUUUCACCAAAACUUUAAAUUGAUCUAAUUUCGGGAACUAAUUUUUUUUCUACAUCUAAUUUGAUUCCAGCCCAAAAUAAAGCCAAGGUGGCCUUGCUCUCAUUCUUCAUCAUAAGGCAAAAAACCAAACAAUUUGCUGUCAUGACAUUGACUAAGGCAACAAAUAAUGGAAAACUUACCGACAUAUUAAUUGCUUCAACGUUCAGUAUGUGAUUUAAUUUAAAGUCUUUAAGAACAAUGAUCUGCCCAUACCUGUCAGCAUUUAGAGCUGGCACGUGCUAAAAUCUAUGAACACAUUUUAAUAUAUUUGAGAGACAAUUUUUUUUUUUUUGAUGAAAAUUCUCCUCAAGUCGACAGCUCACAGCAAAUGAAAGGCAUUUCUUUUCCUCCCCCCACAAUUGCUUGAUCCCCAGCACGAAUGUCUUCUUGGCACUUGGCACCAGCAUGUCUUGUCUGAGUGCCAAUGAUUUACAGAGAAUUUUUCAGAAGCUUGACAAAAAUGGUGCUGGACUGAUAAGCAUCGAUCAGCUGAAAUGGCUUCUCGAGAAAAUUGGCUUCCAGACCAGUAUUGAUGACCUUCAAGUCUUGAUGGGCAGCGGGAAAUGCCUUGAUUCUAUUGAUUUUUUCUUCUUCUAUGAUAUUGUCAUCGAGAAGCAAAAGAAGGGAGGUGAUGAAGCCAGUGAUGACUUGAACGAUGGUGGUGAUCUAGUCAAGGCUUUCAAGGUAUUUGAUUUGAAUGAUGAUGGAUUCAUCUCAUGUGAAGAACUUCAAAGUGUACUAUCAAGAUUAGGAUUAUGGGAUGAGCAGAAUUGCCAAGAUUGUAAGAGAAUGAUUAGCAUGUAUGAUAUGAAUUCAGAUGGCCUGCUUGAUUUUGAAGAAUUCAAGUUUAUGAUGCUUUCUGAUUUUAGUUAAGUUUUCCAUGCGUUUUUGUAAAAAUAUAAACCAAGUUAUGAUUGAUUGGUUAGUUUUAUUCAAUGACCACAUGUCAUUUGUUUAUUGGCUAGUUUUGUUGGCAAGUCUAAAGUUGACCACAUGUGAUCAAAUCCCGUAAUAUUAGUCAUUGUAGAGUUAGAAGUCUCGUGUCUGGUCAUUGUACGAAGUAGAAGUUGCCUCUAGUUUUGGUCCUCCAGUGUAGCCUCGU